AGGUGGCGUCUGCAGGCUGGCGAGAAACACCUAACCAGGUGAAAGGGUGGCGUCGAGAGGGAGUUCCUACCGGUCGGAUUCUUAAAGCCAUGAAGACUCAGGAAAAAUAACAAGGAGUGGCCCACUGGAGUCUUCUGGACUUGCCUGGAGCUCCACCCUCGGCAGAGGAAAAGCCCCUGGGGACCAAGGCGGGAGCAUCAGACCGGUGUGAGAAAAGCGCCUGUGCGCGUUCCACCUCUGCGCAGCGGGUGCAGGGCGGCGACCUGUCCCUUGAGCUGGCCAUGGCGGCUGCGAGACCUAAGCUCUCCAGGAACCCAGCCCUCGGUCUGGGGCACCUGCUGACCCUCGCGAUCCUUGCAUUUGCCUGUGAAGCCUGUGAAGAAGUGACCCUUCAGGUCCCUACCAAACUACCUGCUGAGAAAUUUGUGGGCAGAGUGAACCUGAAGGACUGCCUUAAAUCGGCAAAUCUAAUUCACCUGAGCGAUCCUGAUUUCCAAGUCUUAGAAGAUGGUUCAGUGUACACAACCAAUGCCGUUGUUCUGUCCUCGGGGCAAAGGAGUUUUACCAUAUGGCUCCUCAACACAGACAACCAAGAAGAAAGGGAGAUAUCUGUCCACUUAGAGGGCCCAGGAGAGGUACUAAAUGAACGACGUCAUCCAGAGAACAUUCUCCGCCGUGCCAAGAGAAGAUGGGCUCCUAUCCCUUGUUCCAUGAUGGAGAAUUCCUUGGGCCCCUUCCCACUUUUCCUUCAACAGAUCCAGUCUGACACAGCUCAAAACUACACCAUAUACUAUUCCAUCACAGGGCCAGGAGUCGAUAAAGAACCUCGAAACUUAUUUUAUGUUGAAAGAGAUACUGGAAACCUGUAUUGCACUGGUCGUGUAGAUCGUGAGCAGUAUGAAUCCUUUGAGCUGAUUGCGUCUGCAACAACUCCAGAUGGGUAUACACCUGAGUACCCGCUGCCACUCCUCAUUAAAAUAGAGGAUGAGAACGAUAAUUACCCAAUUUUUACACAGCCAGUAUACAGUUUCACAGUUUUGGAAAACAGUCCAGUCGGCUUUUCCGUAGGGGAGGUCUGUGCUACAGACAAGGAUGAGCCGGGAACAAUGCACACGAAGCUGAGGUACUCCAUCCUGGAGCAGGUGCCUUCCCCGCCCACAUUAUUUACCAUGCACCCCACGACUGGUGUCAUCACUACCACGUCAUCUCAGCUGGACAGAGAGUUAAUUGACAAAUACCACUUGAAAAUAAAAGUACAGGAUAUGGAUGGCCAGUAUUUUGGUUUACAGACAACAGCAACCUGUAUCAUAACUAUAGGAGAUGUGAAUGACAACUUGCCAGUCUUCACUCGAACUUCAUAUGUGACGUCAGUGGAAGAAAAUACAGUUAAUGUGGAAAUCUUACGUCUUACUGUUCAGGAUAAAGAUUUAGUUAACUCUCCUAAUUGGAGGGCUAAUUAUACCAUCUUAAAGGGCAAUGAAAAUGGAAACUUUAAAAUUGUAACAGAUCCUGAAACCAAUGAAGGCAUUCUGUGUGUGGUGAAGGCCCUGGACUAUGAAGAACGGCAGCAGGUGACCCUGCAAAUUGGUGUGGCUAACCAAGCCCCUUACACCAGAGAGGCUAGUUUGAGGUCACCCAUGAGCACAGCCACAGUGACUGUCACCGUGAGAAAUCAGGAUGAGGGACCUGAGUGUAUCCCUCCAACACAAACUGUGAGGAUCCCAGAAAAUGUACCAAUUGGUACUAGACACAAUGGGUACAGGGCAUACGACCCUGAGACCAGAAACAGCAAUGGCAUAAGGUACAGGAAGCUAAGUGACCCAAGAGGCUGGGUCACUGUAAAUGAAGAUUCAGGAUCCAUCAGUAUUUUCCGAACCCUGGAUCGAGAGGCUGAGACUGUCAGGAAUGGCAUCUACAACAUUACAGUCCUUGCAUUAGAUGCAGAUGGAAGAAGCUGUACUGGAACCCUGGGAAUUGUACUCGAAGAUGUGAAUGACAAUGGCCCAUUCAUACCCAAGCAGACAGUGGUGAUAUGCAAAGCCACCAUGUCCUCUGCUGAGAUUGUUGCAGUCGAUCCUGACGAGCCAGUGAAUGGUCCACCGUUUGACUUUAGUUUAGAGAGUUCUGAUUCGGAAGUACGGAGAAUGUGGAGGCUGACAAGAAUUAAUGAUACAGCAGCUCGUCUUUCCUAUCAGAAUGACCCUUCAUUUGGAACCUACGUAGUGCCUAUCCGAGUUACAGACAGGCUUGGUCUGUCCUCGGUCACUUCAUUGAAAGUCACUGUAUGUGACUGCAUUACUGAAAGUGACUGCAGAAUCCGCUCAGGAGAAAGGACCAGCUAUGCAGAAAUGAGACUUGGACCAUGGGCUAUCCUUGCUAUACUGCUGGGCAUAGCCUUGUUGUUUUGCAUUUUGUUUACACUAGUCUGUAGUGUUUCCCAGGCAACAAAACAACAGAAAGGUCUUCCUGACGACCUAGCUCAGCAGAACCUAAUUGUAUCAAACACCGAGGCUCCUGGAGAUGACAAAGCUUAUCCCACAAAUGGCUUCACAACUCAAACUGUGGGAGCUUCUGGGCAGGCAGCUUUCGGCACUUUGGGACGAGGAGUCAAGAGCGGAGGGCAGGAGACCAUGGAGAUGGUAAAAGGAGGACAACAGACUUUGGACACCUGCCGGGGAGCUGGUUAUCAUCACCACACUCUGGAUCCCUGCAGAGGAGGGCAUGUCGAGAUGGACAACUUCAGAUACACUUACUCUGAGUGGCACAAUUUCACUCAGCCCCGACUUGGUGAGAAGGUGAAGUUGUGCCAUGAGGAUGACAACCAGGUGCUUGGUCAAGACUAUGUCCUCACAUACAACUACGAAGGAAGAGGCUCGGCAGCUGGCUCUGUGGGUUGCUGUAGUGACCAACAGGAAGAAGAUGGACUUGAGUUUUUGGACCAUUUGGAGCCCAAAUUUAGGACAUUAGCAGAAGUCUGUGCAAAGAGGUGAACAGCUUUUAUCAGGAUAACCAAAACGAAUGGAUUCAUUGCCUUUUUUAAAGCUAUAAACCAGGAUUUUUCAAAAACAGAAAUUAUAUUUGGGGCAUCCUUCCCCACUGGUCUGCAGCAUCUCCACGGAAAUGCACAUUUACAGAGAAACUUUGUAUAUUAGCACUUGAAAACCAUUCUGCAUGGGUUUUUAAUACUUCUCUUUUCCAGGUGUCAUCUAAGAUGGAAACUUUAAGAAAAUUUGCAUUACUGUUUACAUUAAGCAUAGUGCCAUCAGCCAACUUAGAGUGCAAUAAAAUUUAAUGCAUUUGAGUCUGUUUAUGGACUUCUUGACCCAACAGGAGACUAUAGAAACUAUUAUCUCCAAUUAAUGGAUUCAUUCAUUGUUCAUAUGGUGCUUGGAAACUUGUUUUCCUAAACAUUCUGAACUGUAUAUUGCUGUGUCUCACUUUUGUUAUAUUCUUGCAAGAUGGCCUAGCUUCAUAGUGCAAAGGUAGAUUGCCAGGCAGCCAUUGGGUGUGUUUGCAGUUCUAUUCCAGCGAGGUUUCCUUUUAGGUUCUAUUCAGUGCAGUGAAACCGUGCACUGAAUAUACAUCUCUUUUGUACCAACUUUGCCAAUCAAAUUUAGAUUUCAGAACUUUAGAAUUUUUUUUUUUUACCUUUAUGAGUUUUUGUGAAAUAUGUAUGCUCUCAUUCCUCUUCAUUUCUUUUUCUCCUUCUCUCCUGUUUGAUUUUGAAACUUCCACUUGGGCUAAAGAUCCAAAAUAUUCUCAAAACUUGUCAAUUCUCAUAAAAUAGCCUUUCUGUGGUGUAUAAGCAAAUGCACUGCCUAGUUUUUAAGCUUAAUGUAAUAACAACAUUAUGGUUUUGAAAUUUUUGGUAAUUGCUUCAUUUCUGACCUUAGUGAAGAAUUGUAAUUUUCCAAUGAAACUGUAGGACUCCUUCAGGGUCUAUUAGAAGCAAAAUUCCAUAUAACAGAAGCAAUAGUAUAGUUAGAAGUAGGUUGUGGCUGUCUAAUGUAGAAUUUCUGUCCUUAAUUCAAGGACACUGGAAGUGGGAAAUAGUGACGGUGUUUGAGGUAAGCUCCUCAGCAUAAUAAUCUCAGACUAUCUCUAGGACAACAACUUUAUAACUUUUUAGAUGAUAUGGCUAGUCAUAAUUACAUGAGUGUAAAAUUGUUUUUAAGAAUAGUUUGUAAUUAUAGUUUUUAUCGAAUAUAGAAAUGGGCCAAAUGUUUAGAAAUCUUUUAAAGAAUUUAAACAUGAGCAAAUAUCAUAGCCAACCAGAUUCUAGAUCAGAGGUCACACUUCUUCCAGUCAGUGAGCUCAGCACUUACAGUAGAUGCGCGGAUAUCCAGGUGCAAUUCUGAUGUGCGUGAUUGUUCACUGUGUGUGUGUCUUUAAUUCACCAGUUUGGCUUAUAACAAUUAUUCUUCAGAAUGAACAUUGGGGAAAAAAUGAAUAUUGAUGAUGUUUUCAGCAGAGUCAUUGUUGUUCAGUCAAAAAUAUUUCUCAGAGUUAUUUUUAAUAAAUUAUGUACAAAAUGAUUGUA